ACUUAUCAAGGUUAAGCAUAAGUAUUGUAUAUGACUAUGUUGCAGCCUGCAAAGUCAGCAGUGAACACCUGCAGUGCUGAGUCACAUCCUAUAGAUAAGAUAUUUGUAUAAAAGCAUCUUCUUCCUUGCCUUCAUUGAAGAAAUAGAUCUAGAGCCUUAGUCGAUAGUCAUAGUUUACACAGAAUAUUCAAAUAUUCUCUAUUGUAAAUAAAGUGUUUUUUUUAAAAACCAAGUCUUCAUCCCAAAAUUCAUAAUUGGCGACGAGGUGAUGGGAUUGUGCCAGGUCUGAAGAAGAGUGAAUAGUGCCAGUCAAGAGUACCAGCUCCAGAUCAGAUACCUGUUGGUUUCAACCAUCAAGCACACCCUGAAGAACCAGUGGAAGAAGACCAGAGAGUCCGAUUGACGGAGUAGCGACCUCAACGACUUCAAGACUAUCGAAUUUGUCCCUUCCUUUCACAAACCCCUAUAUGCUCACUCGAGACGAAGAACUAAGAUGGUCCACGAAACAAUGUCAUCAAGUAGAGGAAGACUACCUCUGUGAUCAAGAUUCCCUCGACAGGCCUCCAGAAUGCAUGAAAAAUGUUCUGAAAACUCAUCUAGAAAGCUGUCCCAGAAGAGAAUCACCCUCAGCACCAAAUUUAAAAACAUUAGAAGAUGGAAAUAUUUUAUCGAUUAAUAAUUUGGAAAUUCAAGAAAAAUGCCCACAGCAGACAAAGUAUCAUUUUACCCCGCCAAUGGCUAUAAUUCAGUCCAAGUGUAUCAUAAGUAACAAUCAAAAGGAAAUUUACCCCAUCCAAGUUAAGAACGAGGAAAAAUACAUCGUUCUACCAAAACCCACAUUUUUUACUAAUCACUCCAAGGAAGAAGAGAAAGAAGACUUCAACGUCAAGGAUGAAGAGAUUCCAGAUAUCCAGCUAGACGAAAUUGAAGACUGGAAAUGGAAUUCAUCGAUAUCAACAUUUAUGAUUAUUUUGAUUCUUAUAAUAAUUUUAACAGUUAUUUGGGUAAUUUGUAAAGUUUUUCAUAAUUUUAAAGCUACACCUCAAAGAGGUGAUACCUUUAUCCAAAGGGGGGAGGAAUUAUGUAAUCGCACCCCAUAUUAAUUCAAUGUUACUUAUCAAGGUUAAGCAUAAGUAUUGUAUAUGACUAUGUUGCAGCCUGCAAAGUCAGCAGUGAACACCUGCAGUGCUGAGUCACAUCCUAUAGAUAAGAUAUUUGUAUAAAAGCAUCUUCUUCCUUGCCUUCAUUGAAGAAAUAGAUCUAGAGCCUUAGUCGAUAGUCAUAGUUUACACAGAAUAUUCAAAUAUUCUCUAUUGUAAAUAAAGUGUUUUUU